UAUGCAGCCUGAGCAACCAUGUUAUCUUUAUGAAUUCUUCAACAGCAAGAUGCCAUGGACUGUACCCACUUGUGUUCAGAGCAUUUCCAUGGCAAAAGGUAUGUUCCCAGAAGCAUGUAGAUUCUGAUGGAAGAUAAUCAUUACAAACGAUGCCUUUAGUAGAUUCAGAGCAUUUCUUCGCCUCAUUUCUUGUAAUUGGAUCCUAAAGUUUGUUGCUUUUCAAAGCCCAUGUUCCUUAUCCUAAAAGUUAAACCAAAAAAGGUAUUAUUACUUUUUUGCCAUUCUAAUAAGUAAAAACAUACCACUUCCCAAGAAGAUUACGACUAGUCUUUAUACCAAACAAAGUCUGCAGCUUUUUUUUUUUUUUUCCUUCUGUAUCAUUUAACCACACACAAAAAUCCAAAGAAGAAGAGGAAAAUGUUAUCGGAGCUCCCUCAACAACAACGCUCUCUCUCCUCCUCCUCCAUGGAAGCCGUCCGGCGUCCACGUGGCAGACCACCGGGUUCCAAAAACAAACCGAAACCACCAGUCUUUUUCACGCCGGAGCCUCCUAUGAGUCCUUACAUCCUCCAAGUUCCCUCCGGAAACGACGUCGUCGAAGCCAUCAACCGCUUCUGCCGCCGAAAAUCCAUCGGCGUCUGCGUCCUAAGUGGCUCCGGCUCCGUCGUCAACGUCACCUUGCGUCAGCCUUCUCCAGCAGCUCCUGGCUCCACCAUCACUUUUCACGGAAAGUUCGAUCUCCUCUCCGUCUCCGCCACUUUCCUCCCUCCUCCGCCUCGCACCUCCUUGCCUCCUCCCGUCUCCGAUUUCUUCACCGUUUCUCUCGCCGGACCUCAGGGACAGGUCAUCGGUGGAUUCGUCUCCGGUCCACUCUUUUCCGCCGGAACAGUCUACGUCGUCGCCGCCGGUUUCAACAACCCCUCAUACCACCGGUUACCGGCGGAGGAAAAGCAAAGGGAAUCGGCGUCGGCGGAGACAAGGGAAGGUGAGGGUCAAUCGCCGCCGGUCUCUGGAGGCGGUGGAGAGUCGAUGUACAGCUGUCACAUGGGUGGCUCUGAUGUGAUUUGGGCCCCAACCGCCAGGGCUCCACCGUCUUACUGACCAAUCCAAUCUUUUGAAGUGUUUCAGCUUUGUAUCAUGCAAGAAUCUCGGCUGUUUGCUUUUAUCUUCUUGUUAGGUUUUUUUUUUGUGUAUCAGAAUUGACUUCACUCCUCUCUUGCUCACAAAUCUCUCUACACUCUUCAGCUUCGACGUUUGACAUUAAUUUGAUUUGACUUAUGUUAUAAAAAUAUGAUCCCA